UUGGACCUUCGCCUUUUCGUCCAUUUUGGGUGUCCAAGCUAAGCCUGUUAAGCUAACUGCUGUGUGGAGCUGCAGACAUGGAUGACGGCGACGAGCUCGGAAUAGUUCUCUCCCACAACACAUCCUCUGGUUCCAAGUCGGGUGGUGACAAGAUGUUUUCUCUAAAAAAGUGGAACGCCGUUGCGAUGUGGAGUUGGGAUGUCGAAUGUGAUACUUGCGCCAUUUGCCGGGUGCAAGUGAUGGAUGCAUGUCUCCGAUGCCAGGCGGAAAACAAGCAAGAGGACUGUGUUGUUGUUUGGGGAGAGUGUAACCAUUCCUUCCAUAACUGCUGCAUGUCCCUUUGGGUGAAGCAGAACAAUCGGUGCCCCCUCUGCCAGCAAGACUGGGUGGUUCAGAGAAUCGGCAAGUAAGGCCAGCACCUUCGCGACGUGAUUCACAGACUUCAGCUGCACGCACCCGAGGGUGGACAGAUCUGGCCAUGAUCAUUGCGACGCCCCAUGUAGAGCCGCUGUCUACAUCUUGCCUCGGCAAUUUGAGUGCAUGUUCCAGUCCUCCCAGUGUCAGAGGCGGGCAAUGAA